UGAAUGUCAGGGAAACGGUCCGCUAAAAGCAAACAAUUUUUGUACAACACGUACCAACAAUAAUUGCAUUGUUUGCAUAUUUUGUCGCGAAAGAGCAUUAAGAGUUGCGAUCUUCGGGCUUAUUAUACUGUAGAUUUAAGCGAACGUUUUGCGUCAAUGUUAACUAGAAAUGGAGUAUCGUGAAACAACCCGUUGGUUUCUAAAGAGACUUCAUCAAAACGAACAUUUAAUAGUCAAUAUUGCCUCGGAAACCGAUAUCAGUCGAUCGUCACGAUCGGUUAUUCCGCUGAACAGGGCAUCCUUCCAACACAUUUCUAAAAGGCAUUGCACCAUAUCUUGCGUCGAUGGAGUGGCAACAUUAACAGAUAGAACGUCAACUUCCGGUACCUACGUCAACGAUCGCAAACUUUGCCGAGAAACGCCGGGCUCGGUUAUCCUACAGGAAAAUGAUUUGGUUGGUAUUGGUGCACCGUGCUUUCAAGAGUUGCCAUUCUACCAACAGAACUGCCACGUGCUGUUGUAUCGGGUUUGCAAAGAUCGGAAUCGUGUCAUCCGGGAAGGCGAUGUGGACACAAUCUUGUCCAGUGACGAAGAAGCAGACGUUACGGCUCGAUGUGUGCCACAGGAACAGUUACCGAAUGGGCCCAAACUGGUGGAAGGGACACAGUAUCGAAUAUUGGAGAAUAUUGAGCUAUCAUCCGAUGAAGAAGAAGUGGUUCUUCUGAAUCCGGGGGAUAGAGUUACGCAGCUCGAAGAGGGUAUUUUGAAGGAGACUGAACGUAAGGCGAAAGAAAUCGAGAAUCAACAAAAAAUUAAAGUAGAACUAGAAGAACUCGAGCGAGAGAAAGAGGUUAGAGAUGAAGAAGCGCGGAAAGCAGAUGCAAAAAAGAAAAUACUGGAGGAGAUGGAACAAAUCAGUAAGGAGAUUGAGAGAAGAGAAGCUGAGCUUAAGCAAAAAGAAGAAAGGGAACGACGACAAAAGGAAGAAAACAAAAAAAGAGAUAAGGAAGCAUACGAUAAAAGAAGGGAGGACGAAUGUAAAGAAGCUGAGCGUAAGAAGAAAGCAGAAUAUGAAAAGAAGAAGGAGGAAGCAGAAAGAAAGCCGUUAGUUGAAAAUCAUCAGCAGAAAUUGCAGGAAGCGCAAUCAGAAGCUAAGCAAAGACAAGAACUAGAAGCACAGAAACAAAAAGAUGCAGAAAAGCAGCAACCACAAACGGGAAGAAUAGAAGUCAAAGACGAUUUAUUGAGUGCAGACAAUGCAAAACUCAAUGAUGAUAAACUAACAAAUACAAAAGAAUCGGUUAUAAACAAUAAAAGUAAAAAUCAUCAUAAAAAAGAGAGAAAAAGAGACCGACACAAAUCACAUGAUAAAAAAGAAAAGCAUUGUAAACGUAAAGAACAUGAGAAACAAGAGCAUCAUAAGCGCAGGGAUCACAAGAGCACACAUAGUAGUCGUUCAAGUCGAGGUGAUAAACGUAAACAUGACUCUCGUGAUGAUAGAAGUAAUUCUAAACAUGACAAAGAUCAACUAAACCACCAUAUAUCCAAGAUGGACGAGGAAGUAAUUGAAGUUGAUCAAAUAGAAGAGUUGUUCAAGGAUUCACUUUCGUUUCCAUCCUUAGAGCAGUCUGUAAUACCAAUAAUUUCAAUUAUCGAUAGUGAAUCCGAUGACGAGAAUGAUUUCAGCGAAAAGAAAUACUCACAGAAUUACUACCGCCAAAUAAAAGAAGAAGCUCUAGAAGUUGAUCUGCUGAAUGAUGAGCCAGAGCUGAUAGAAGCGGUAUCCAGCAAUGCCCCAGUAUUAGAAGAUUCUCCGCAUUCCUUUUUUUCGGAAGCUUCGGAUACAAUCUAUAUUUCUGAGGAUGACGAAGAUGAGCAAACUUUAGAAGAUUCGAAACGAUGGUUUAUGAAGCUUUCCCAGAAAGUUUCUCCUGUACGAACUAAGGUAUUGGCUGUUGAAAACAGUGAAACGAAAUCAAAUUAUUCGGAUACUACCAGUGUUCUGCUUCAGGCUGCAAAACGAUACAAUAAUAAUGCGCCGACUUCUACUAAUGCAAUAACUCCACUGAGUACUGAGAUUAACGAAAUUCAGUCGUGCUUUAAACUGCCUUUACCCAAAGAUCACGAUUCCAAAUCUACAUCUAAGGACAUACCUAGUACGCAUGAAAAUGAAACUAACUCAGUAAAAUCUCUAUCUGAAGAAAUUCGCAUAAGCUCCACGAAAAGAAAGCGGAAACUUCCGGACCAAGUUCCAUUAUCGACUGCAGAAGAAAUUAUUGCGCAAAAGGACGACAAAGGUGAAAUUAACCUGGAUGAUUCAUUUUUCUCCAGUAUUCUGGAAUUUGUCGAAAAUGAGAGUCAUCUCCCGGAACAACAAGCGGAUGUUCCUAGUGAUGGUUCACAUGGAGCCAAGAAGCAGAAAAUUUCCGAUACUUGUGCGGGAGAGUACCAACAUUCUCGGGAACAGCGUAGAUCGGUAGAUGCUGUGAGUCCAGCCUCGGCUGCGAGCAUUGCCAAGGCUGCUGGUUUAAAACCCACUUUGUCGGAUGCUGCUCGCUCCGCGAUGAAUGAAAAAAAUUCCAACAGUGCGUCGAAUAGCUGGAUUAAACGAAAAAUACCAUUUGUGGAACCGCAUCACAUCCAGAAACGCAGAAUCAGUACACAUAAUGGUUCGUCAUCUUCAAAGGUUCCCAGUGUCAAGAAACAUUCGCCCAGUCGCAAAUCCGAUAAUGGAAAUGAAAUUCGAAAGGAAAAGUUAAGAGCUAUACAAUCUGCCAAACCCCCAUCAAGUGAGCGUAGUACCAAAUGCUCUAAAACGGUAACCAUUCCAAAAGUUAAAUUUACUCCAUCCAAUCGCGGUGCUUUCCUGGUGCAGGAUAUUGCCAGUUCAAAUCAACCAAAUAAUGAACAUGAAUCUGCUUCCACAAACGGGGCCAAUGAGGACCUCGUUUGUACACAGUCCACUUUGCUAGAAAAUCUUCCUGUAGUGGAAAAUCUGAUCGAAGAAGCUCUUACCAGAGCACCGAAACUAACGUUCACUAGCGUCGCCAGAGUAAGCAGCGUUUCAUCGACGGCGCCCGUUUUCAAAAUUCCUAAGCACCGUCCCCCGACGGUAUCUAAACCACCAACUUCGGCUGGCGAUGCUAUCCAUUCACUCUUGGAUAGCAUCAAAGAACCGGUAGUAAUGCCUACCUCCGUGGGAAACAUUGCAUCGACGAAUAAGUCUUCCGAUAGCACUAUUAACAGUGAAGGAAUCCGGUCCAUUUUGAUAAUGCCUGAUAAGCCAUCGAAGAAACGAUUGAAUCGUGUUACCUGGAAGGAAAACCUCAGCGAAACACGAAUGUUUGAGAUUGACGAUGGAAAUGAUCUGUGUGUGAUAACGAAAUACUACAAGGAGGACAACGAAGGCAGAAAUAUGUCUUUAGCGAGCUGUCAGAAUGAUAUAAUCUUGGAAAUCACCAGCUGGGAUGCCAUCUGGUUUGACAACCCAGCGAAUGCUAAAAUUUGCGAGGGCAAACUGUUACCAAUGGUGGAACAGUACAACGAUUUCGAUGAUUACAAACGCAUUGUGAUGCCGAUACUGAAGACCGAACUGUUUCACGACAUUUUGGCUCAGUACGGAGAGAUAAAGAAAACCACUCAGAAGCCCUUACAGAUGAAGUUGAACCAGAUUCGAGCGCAGAGUAGAACUUUUGUACUUAAUAUCAGUGUGGAAAACAGUACACAUCAAAGUGUCAACAACAAGGACUAUGUGUUGAUUAUCUUUGACGACAAGGCCACCGGUGAUGAGCUCCGUGUACCGGCCGUUGUUACCACUCGGCGACAGUUGAUUCAGUAUGCGGCCGAAAAUGGUCUAAAGUUUUACCACUGCACAUUGGAAACAGCUAAAACGCCUCUCUCGCAGCGAAUUCGCGACGGAUCUGGUGAAAACUUUCGUAUCCAGUCGCUGACGCAAAUUAAUCUGCACAUGCGGCAGUUUCAAGUUCUGUUUAAUUUGCAAAACUCCCCGCUACUGGAAAACAUACUGUCACCAAGGAGUAACUUCUAUGGAUCCAGUGAUUCGAUCGACCGGCGGGCCUACAAAGGAAAGGUAUGUAUGGAUUGGCUUCAGCCACAUCAUCGAGAAAAUGAUCUAAUAACUACGCAUAUCCGAAAGGAGGCGCUCAACGUUCAACAGGGUGAUAUUUUGUUAAGCGUCUUCGGACAAUGUCUAGACCUCGCACGGCCAAACAUCAUGCUCAUCCAUGGUCCACCUGGAACAGGAAAGUCGAGACUCAUUAGCAAUUUAGUUAUGCAGAUGCACCGAGGUGCUCCAAGCAAUAGGCGCCUGAAGAUUCUUGUAUGCGCGCAAUCGAACACAGCAGUCGAUGUUAUUGUGUUGAAACUAAUCAAGUUGUUCCGAUUAUUGUCUAAAGAUGAGCAAAGCAAUAUACUUCGGACAGGAACAGCCAAUAAGAUUAACCAUGAGUGCAGGAUGGUAUUUCUAGAUGAUCUGGCACGGAAGCAGGUGAAUGAACAAAUAAAACGUAGAAAACUCAGGGACGAGGAUCCUGUUUAUGAAACGUACUACUUGGAGAGAGAGUGUUUGGAUCGCAAAAUCAAAUACCUUCAAAUGCAUGCUCAGAACGGCCGGGUACACGAUGAAAUCAAACAACUGCAGGACAAACUAAAUCGAGUAAAUCAACUAUUACCGGAUAAUGUGAAUGAAAUAGAUUUACACGAUAACAAUCGACGGCAUAUGGAAAUUGCGGCCAAAAAGCAGCUCGUUUCGAAAGCUGAUAUUGUUUGCACAACACUGGGAAGUUGCGGUGGUUUGAUGGAAUACAAUCAAUCAUUAAAGUUUGAUGUGUGUAUUAUUGACGAAGCGACUCAGUGCACUGAAAUCGCUUCCUUCACACCGUUGCAGUACGAUGUUCGAAAGUUGAUUCUAGUGGGCGAUAUCAAACAACUGCCACCGUUUGUGUUUGGGAAAGAAUCGGCUGAAGCUGGUCUAAAAAAUUCGUUGUUUGCAAGGAUUCAAAGCUCCUUUAUCGGCACACAGUUGGAGGGCGUCAAGAUGCUUACCACUCAGUAUCGUAUGCAUCCGGAAAUUGUAAAGUGGCCGAAUAGCUUCUUCUAUGACGGCAAGUUGUCCAGUGAUCCGGAAGCGACCAAAUGUGAUGAAUUUCCGUUCAAACCGUAUACCGUUUUCAGCUUGGGAUACCAGCAAAAUCAGACUCAGUCGGAGCAUCAUAUUUACAAUAAUGAAGAAAUUCAGUUCGUUCUCAAACUUCUCACCGAGAUCAUGAAAUUCUGUGAGCGUCACAUAACAAUCGCAAUAAUUACCCCGUACACACGACAUAAGCGGGAGUGCGAAAAAUUUCUGGUGAAUAAGAAAAUCACUCAGGUUUCGGUGCUAUCGAUCGAUUCCGUUCAGGGCCAGGAGUUCGAUGUUGUCAUUAUAUCGUUGGCGCGUUCCAUCGGAACGGGUUUUCUGGAGAGUCCUCAGCGUUUGAAUGUGGCGCUUACCCGAGCAAGAAAGUGCCUUAUCAUGUGCGGUAAUUUUUCAGAAUUGCAGGCUACCGAUGUGUGGUCCGCAUUGCUGAAGGAUGCUGAGGAACGGAAGCUGUUAUACCAUAUCGAGGAUGAUGAUGAGUAUGACGAUGUUAAUUCGUUCGUUGAGAAGGUAAUGCUAAAUCUGAGGAAGAAUACUCCUACACAAUGAAAAGAUUGAUACUAAACAUAAGACUGAUAAGUGCGUUCACGUAUCUAACUCAACUUACUGUAAUGUAUCGUCAAAAUGAGCAAAGCUCUUGCGUUCGAAUUUGUAAUUAUAAUCUAACACGCAAUUUGUUUUCUGACGGUGCCAUUUAAGUUUUUUAAAUUCUAUGAUUAUAUAGUUAUAGGAUGUACAUGUUCUUGUUAUUCAUGUACCAUAAAUUAGUCUAGGAAAAAUGAACCAAAUAUUUUUUGAUGAUUU